AUGGAUGGAGGCGGCAGCCUCAACCUAAUCUAUGCUGACAUCAUCAGAAAGAUGGGCAUCGACUCGUCUCGGAUCAAGCCUAGCACCACCACGUUCAAAGGUGUGAUACCAAGCGUCGAAGCUCGUUGCAUGGGCACUGUGAUGCUGGAGGAAGUCUUCGGGUCACUCGAGAACCUCAAGAGUGAGGAAUUAAUCUUUGACAUUGUACCCUUCUGUAGUGGAUACCACACGCUCCUAGGGCACACUGCAUUCGCUCGCUUAAACGCAGUCCCGCAUUAUGCUUGCCUCAAGCUCAAAAUUUUGGGACCAAAUGGUGUUAUCACAGUAAAUGGCAACAUCGAAUGCUCUCUAUGGACGGAGGAGCAUACCGCGGCUUUCGCAGCCGAGGUGCAGGCAUCCGAGGAGGCUACUUGUGCGGGUAAACGUGCCCUAAGCUCAUCAAAGCGUACACAGGCUAUGCCAGUCGACCUCGGACAAGCAUUCCCCCACCCUAUUUAG